AUGCCGGCUGCAAGUGUCCCUGUCGGCUAUGAAUACGACAAUUUCAGGGUACCUGCUGAUAUGAAUUCCACUGCCAUGCCUGUUCAGAACCCUCUCAACGUAAAUGCCCUCCCAUACGACUUUGCGCCUCUGGAUCGUCAGGAUCUAUACCAAGGUCAUCGGCCUACAUUUAUGGCGCCAAUGGCCCAUGAUCCGAUGGGCAUGAUGCCGCAACCGGCCUUCCCCCAUGGGGAUUACUUUCAAACAGGAUACACAAUGCAGCCGUAUCCUCCUUUCCGAGCAAUUCCUCCACCUCCUGCUGCACAGUUUCCGGUUCUGUAUGGCGCGUAUAACCACGGAGCAGCCAACAACAAGCGAAAACUCUCCCGAGAGGUUGACUCCCCAGAGGUUGAGAAUCCCCGCAAGAGGGCUAAGAAGCAAAAGGACCCUAAAAAGGUGGGAAAGCCAAACUGCUUCAUGUGCUAUCGCAGAGCUAUGGUAGCACAAAUCAAAAACACGCACCCUGGCAUCGAAAACGGGCAGAUUUCGAGAGUUGCUAGCGACUGGUGGAAGAAACUGAGUGAUGCGGAAAAACAGCCAUACAUCGAUCAGGCUGCCAGGCUCCGACGUGGUGAAGAACAGCUCACUCCUAUCCGUUCACCACAAUCCGCAGUAGCAAAUCCUGCUGUUAACAACGCCGACCGAGAAGAACAGCUCAUUCUUAUCCGUUCACCACAAUCCGCAGUAGCAAAUCCUGCUGUUAACAACGCCAACCAAGAAGAACAGCUCAUUCCUAUCCGUUCACCACAAUCCGCAGUAGCAAGUCCUGCUGUUGACAACGCCGACCGAGAAGAGCAGCUCAUUAUUAUCCCUUCACCACAAUUCGCAGUAGCAAAUCCUGCUAUUAACAACGUCGACCGAGAAGAGCCACUCGUACAAAGCCCCGUGUCAAGAAACGAUAUGCCAGAUGUCGUCCAGCAAGACGAAGUUUCCACAGCUAUUGCGGCGGUAUCUGAUGAGGACGGCGCUGAGCUUUUCAACAACUGGUUUAAUCCAGAGGUCGCUUCUAGCCCCAUCAUCCAGGGCGCUGAGGCAUCCUCGGUCGCGAAUGGUAACCACUCCAACGUGUCCGAUGCAGGUCCGAUUGACCAUGACCUUCCUAGUCAGUUCGUCGACAAUAGCCUCAACAAUAAUGAGGACGACCCAUUGGCUUUCUUCGACUUCGAUCAUGUUGAUUUCAGCGCGGUCUUGUUCGAGCAAGGCAACGAUGACUUGGACCGAGUUUUAUUCGGACCCUAAGCGUGAAUGAUCGACAGUAACGUCUCUCACGCAUGCACUAAUGUCUAUGAGAGUCGUCGAGCUGUGCAGUCCACUGCUAAGAACAGAUUGUCAGAAUUAUUGCAACUUGGACUGUAACGGUACUUUUCUUAUGUAU